GGGACACUUGAACGCGUUAUUUCACACUAGGACUCUUAUCAGUUCGCAAACUUCAUUACAUAGAAGGGAUAAUGUCGAAACAACACAGUCUUGUUAUUCUGUUCGCUUUGUUGGCAGCCUCCGAGGGAACCGAUUGUCCAGAUGGCUGGCUGGCAUUUGAAGGCUCAUGCUACUUGUUUGCUGACAUACAUGCACACUUUACUGAAGCUGCGCACUACUGUCAACAGCAUGGUGGGAGUCUUAUCCACGUUGAUUCAGACACAGAGAACGACUUUAUAAGAAAUUAUCUCAGAGGCCUCAGCAGGUCGAGUGGUAUGAGAGAACAUUACAUUCAUAACAUUUGA